AUGCGGCCGCACCAAUCCAACUAUGAGGCGGCUGAGAAAAACCUCCGUAAUGCCGGUUUUUGUGCCGUCGACCCAGCAGGGCCUCAGUGUCCCCCGCAGGGUCUCUUCUCCAUCGCCUCCUGCAAGGCUCCCGGCGCAGUCAAGCCCCCGCUCUUUGCUUCCCUGCCCCAUUUUUUGUAUGCCGAUCGGAGCCUACGAUUGGCGCUUGAUGGUCUUCGACCCGACAAUCCGCACCGCGAUGGAAUUCCACUGCCAACGGACACAUGUAGCGGACACACCAUCAUCCCCGUGGAUGUUUUGUGUGAAGUUGAGUGUUGCCAACUGACAGGAUACCUUGGACACCGCAGUCGGCUCACUGUGUCUUGUCGUGUGGAGUGGAGUGGCUGUCUGUGGGCUGAGAGUCAGACUCAAUGGCCCCUUCUUAAUGUGACCUUUAUGACUCUUCCAGUCGGGAGCCUACCUAGCGAGGCGUGCGUUGCUACGCCUGUUGAGUGUUGGUCGCGCCAACCACUUGUGCCCUCCCCCAUCUCCGGCCUUCUUGACAUUGUCUUCACACCGGUUCCCGUUGUGGGAGUGGUGAGAGAGUGGGUCUCGCGGGAGUCACUGCAUUGCUUAAACUCACUGAAACUCGUGGUGGACAUCGUCGAAACCUACGGUCGCACUGUCAUGUGUGAAGUGGCUGAUGAGUGGCCUAGGAGUCAGAAGCCGAUGUUUUUUUCUAAUCCUCUGGUUGUGUAA